AUGUUUCUAUUCAUACUUUCGGGCACUCCUUGUAGUCAUUUGUCCCCUUUUGGUCUCUCGUGUUCCCCUGGAACCAUCCUACUCCCCUCUUACUUCCACCUCCCUCUUGUCCGUCUCGCUAGCUAUGGAUCAAAAGAAUUUAAAAAAAAAAAAAAAAAAAAAAAAAAAAGAGGUUGCAACCAUGCGGCUCAGAAUUCUGUGCACUCCUCAAUACGUCAAUAUGAACAAGGACUUAAUAUCUUCAUGGAGGUGGCCCCAGUGAAGCAGAAUGGCUGCAAUACCAUCCAGAAACUCAUAUUGUCUAGCAAAUUGUCAAAAGACGAACUCUAUGUACUAGGAAAGGUAGAUGUUGCGAGUUUUUUCUGA